CGGACGGGGGGGGGGGGGAGGAGGGAGGGCGGCCAGUCCACUCCCCUCCCUCCCCUCCCUCCGCGCCGUUAAAAUGAAACUCUAGUGGCCGGAGCCGGAGCCGGAGCUGGGACUGCAGCCGGGCCGGGGCCGAGAGCGGGCGGUGAUCCCGGGGUGGCGUACGUGUCGGAAACGGAGCAGCUCGAUCAGCCCCCGCGGGACAGCGAUGUACACGCCACCGUGGGGCAUGGAGCGCGAGGACGGCGGGGAAGGCGAAGGCGAAGGUGGUGAGGGCGGCGAAAGCGAAGACUGGAGGGACGUGACCAUGCCCUACUCCACUGAGCUCAUCUUCUACAUCGAGAUGGACCCCCCAGCUCUUCCGCCAAAGCCUCCCAAAUCUCUGACUCAAGCCGGUGCCAACGGGGCAAAGGACAGCUCGGGGUUUUCUCUCCCGGAUGCCGAGUGGUACUGGGGAGACAUCUCAAGGGAAGAGGUCAACGACAAACUCCGGGACAUGCCAGACGGAACCUUCCUGGUGCGCGACGCGUCUACCAAGGUGCAGGGGGACUACACGCUGACCCUGCGGAAGGGGGGCAACAACAAGCUGAUCAAGAUCUACCACCGGGACGGCAAGUACGGCUUCUCGGACCCGCUGACCUUCUCGUCUGUGGUGGAGCUGAUCAACCACUACCGGCACGAGUCGCUGGCCCAGUACAACCCCAAGCUCGACGUGAAGCUGCUCUACCCCAUCUCGCGCUACCAGCAGGACCAGCUGGUGAAGGAAGACAACAUCGACGCGGUGGGCACCAAGCUGCAGGAGUACCACUCACAGUACCAGGACAAGAGCCGGGAGUACGACCGGCUCUACGAGGAGUACACGCGCACCUCGCAGGAGAUUCAGAUGAAGAGGACGGCCAUCGAAGCCUUCAACGAGACGAUCAAGAUAUUCGAGGAGCAGUGCCAGACCCAGGAGCGCCAGAGCAAGGACUACAUCGAGCGGUUCCGCAGGGAGGGCAACGAGAAGGAAAUCGAACGGAUAAUGAUGAAUUACGAGAAGUUGAAGUCCCGCCUGGGUGAGAUUCACGACAGCAAGAUGCGGCUGGAGCAGGACCUGAAGAAGCAGGCGCUGGACAACCGCGAGACCGACAAAAAGAUGAACAGCAUCAAGCCGGACCUGAUUCAGCUGCGCAAGAUCCGGGACCAGUACCUCGUGUGGCUCAGUCACAAAGGAGUGAGGCAGAAGCGGCUCAACGACUGGCUGGGAAUCAAAAACGACCACAUCGACGAGACCUACUUUAUGAAUGAAGAGGAGGAAAACCUGCCCCAUUACGACGAGAAGACGUGGUUUGUCGGGGAUCUCAAUCGGCUCCAGGCCGAGGACCUGCUCCACGGGAAGCCCGACGGAGCCUUCUUAAUUCGCGAGAGUAGCAAGAAAGGGUGCUACGCCUGCUCCGUGGUGGCGGACGGCGACGUCAAGCACUGCGUCAUCUACAGCACGGCCCGGGGCUACGGCUUCGCCGAGCCCUACAACCUGUACGGCACCCUCAAGGAGCUCGUCCUGCACUACCAGCACACGUCCCUGGUCCAGCACAACGACUCGCUCAACGUGCGGCUGGCCCACCCCGUGUACGCACAGCUGCCCUCCCACUGCAGAUAGACGCGCGCAGCGGCCGCCGCGCGGCCCGGAGGCGGGCGCUCUUCCGCGGUUCUGCCCCCAGGCCCGCGGUGGAGGCGAGGGCGCGGCGGCCGGGCCUUCUUUCUGCUCAGACUGCUUGUUUUGCACAAGAAGUGAUUCUGUGAAUGUGAAGCAGAGGGGCCGGCGGCCGCGGGCUCAGGGCGCCUCCUGCUGUUUGUUGUUCACACUGACGCGCUUUCCCGCCCGGAACAAACUGCGCCAGAAGCUGGACCUGGCCCGAGGAGUGGCUGUGGGGUGUGGGGGCGGCCUGCUGCCUCCUCCUUAGAGCCCAGGGUGAGGCGGGGACACUCUGCCGACCAAAGGAAGCCAGCCGGUCCUCCAAGCCCCAGCUGCAGCCGGCCGGGCUCCCGCUGCCCUUGGCCCUGAGUUCCCUUCCACACCGACCCUGGGAAGGAGGAAAGGAAAGCCGGCGGGGGAGAGAGAGCUCUGGGUUUGGCUCCGAGCCCCCGGCGCCCCAGGGCCCACGCUGGGACUUUGGCACUUGAAGAAUCCCCCGUUGGAAAUCCCUGUAACUUGUACGUGUAGACAGUGCAAUGUUGUGCUUCCUGGUGGCUGGAAUAUACCAAAUACCCGUAAGGGCCGACGCCUGUGCCGUCCUCCGCCUCCCAGAGCCCCCAGGCUUUCCCGGGAACAGACCCCGCGGAGCCCCCGGCCCAGGACCAGCCUGCGGGCCAAGCUCUCUUGGAGGACGAGGCGGCUGGGAAGGUCUGCCGAUGGUCCCUUCCUCCUCCCCCUGCCUCCCCCGUGCUGGAGGAGCCCCUUGGCUGUCUGUGGGGUGGUCCUAGACCCAGAGACGAGGAGGGACAUUGGGGGAUCCCUGGUUUCCGGACCUGCACCCCCUGGUUACCGAGCACUGAAGAGGGGUCGAUGGCCUCCCUCCUGGGGCCUCGCACCCUCUUCCAGCACUUGCCAUCUUCAGGAGGAAAAAGCACUCCGUUUACUUGGCCCUGGAAUCCUGCGCCCAGGCUGGCCAGAGCCUCCCAGCAGAACACCCUGGAUUCCUCCCUCCCCUCCGAGGCGCUCAGGGGUCCGCCCAGGCGUUUGGGAGGCCCAACGGCCUCUUCUGCUUUCUCCCUCUCAUUUCCCAUCUUUCUUUCACGACCUUCACCCUUGGGGAGCUGGAAACCGUUCCGGAGUUUUUCAUCUCAUUUCUAGUCUCUGCGGUUGGGCCCGUGUGCAAAACCUGCCAAGCACAGCCCCUUUCCCAUAAGAUCUGGGGCCCCAGGCGCGGGGCAGCAAGGGCGCCCCUUUUCCUGGGUCUGGCAGCGGAGGGGCCUCAUGACAUCCGGGCCACACGAGGCGCCGAACCCAGCUGGUGGCCAUGGGGUGUAAGAGGGUCCUCCGUCCUGCGGGAUUGAGCUGCUUUGUGGAGGCUGCACGUCACUGGGCCGAGGCCCAGGCCGGGGGAGCCCCGAGCUCAGAGAUGUUCCAGGCUCGGGGACUCUCGGGAGGUCUGUCCUCCUCGCAGUUGCCUGCUGAGCUUUCGGGCUCAAUCGGCAACCUGCCUGCCUGGCAUCUGUCCACGCCAAGACCAACCUGUGCCCUCUUAGGAAGACAUGCCGGGCCUAGCCUGGGCUCUGGACUCCUCACCGGGCUUCCCUGGGAGGGCUCCCGGCAGGCAGCAGGCCCCUAGGUGCAGGGGGUGACCUGAGGGGGGGAGGAGCCUCUUUCCUGCCUGAGGGGGAGGAGCAGGGCCAGGUGGGCAGGCUGGAAGGGCCGCUGGGAGCAGGGCAGUUUGGGAGCGCGGCUCCUUGCUGCUAACCUGUGGGGCCGAGGCACGCCAGGCCUGGCAAGGGAGGAGAGAGGGCGGGAGGGCCAAACGGCAAGGAUCCUGCGGGGGGCCCCAGCAUGGCCCAAUGGGCCCAAGGGAUCUCCAGCUUUUCCCACUGCUGCUUCUGGGAGCCAAGCUCCAAGCUGUGGGGGAGAGCCGGGGAUGUGCCUGGGCCCGGGUCCGUGCCGGCCAAGCAAGGGCCUCCUUGGGGUCCAGUCAGCCGCAUCUCCCGCUCCCCUCUCCCGCCCUUGCUCAGCUGGCUUUUCCUGGGCAUCCCCGGAGCCAGGGGUCCAGGGUGCUUAGCCAGCCUCUCCCUUCUCCCCCACUCGCCCCAAGAUCCCUCUCCAGCCUGUCCCAGGUGGGCUGGGCCCAGAGUGGACCCCGGGAGGGGGAAAGGGACUCCCCUCCCCCUCCUCCCUCCCCUCAGACCCUCCCAGAACGUCGUUUGCCUGGUGAACUCCAGCAUGUGACUCCAGUUCCCCGUCUCCCCGCUGUUACUUGUGUAAACUUCUGUCUUCUUCGAUGUAGUCAAAAGAAAUUCAUGUAGUUAAUGUGAAAAGGAACAAGGCCAACUGCUUCACCAGGAAACCAGUCAGUCCUGUGUUAGUGUGCGUGGACAACUCAUGCCGUGCGUGCGUCCGUAGCUGCUAGACCGCCGUUACAAAGUUGUACUUGUCCCCGCGUGUGCGUGUUGGACGGCCAGGGAGGCGCCUUCGGCCUCGCGGCCAAUCCGCUCCAGGUUAAAAUGCAAUAAACAGUUGCAAUAAAGCACA